CAAGCAAUAUUUGGAACCAUUGAUGAGGUAAGUAUAUCAUCUUUUACUUAAACAGUUGUGUCCUAAGUAGUUUACCAAAUAUUCAGCUGCCUACUGUUACCUCAGGUUACUUUAUAGUCAUGUUAAUUCGAAGGUUGGAAGCGCUAACUACGACCUGCUUAUAUUAACAGUGUUGCAACUUUGGUUACCGGUAAAAAAUUCAAAAGUUUUCAACAACUCAUGCACUGCCACAUCAAGUAAAGCAAUUACCCCACUUAAAUGCUGUGUAAUGGAGGGCAAUAUUCCAAGGAAAAAACAAAAUCCUCAUUUAUUCUUUGAAAGAUUCAGAGCAGCACCAAGGAGGGUAUAUACUCUUGUAAGAGUAUAUAAGCUAACAGUAAGUGUUAGGGCACUGGAGCCAUUUAUUCUGCAAUAGGACAGGGAAAUCAUUUAUUUUUUUGUCGUGUGGUUCCAGAACUAGAAUAUCCACACCCCCAUCACAGAGAAGAAUUUCACUUAGGAACCACCACCACCACCACCGCCUCCCUGGAUUUUCCAUCUUUAUAGGGAACUGAUGACCCCUCUGGAACCACGCGGUCUGUAAGAGUAACAUUUAAACUGAGCAGAAUUGAAACUUAUCGAUAGAAAAUGCGCAUUCAUUUGCUUGAAACGGCCACCAAUAGCGGGGAAAUACGAACAUUUGCGCAUAAAUCAGAUUCUAUUACGAAUUUGGCAUAUAUAUUUUUAAUCAAUAUUCAAUAACACUUUUGGGCAUUCAUAUCCGUCAUACGGCAUACAAAAGUGAGAAAUAUGCUUUCAUUAACGCCAACAUGAAAGUCAUUAACACCAUCUCGAAAGUCAACAGAAAGGGACAACAGACAAACAUUAAAAAGCUAACCUGCAGUGCAGGCGUAUUUUGGGUGGGUGAAACCCUGUUCGCGGCGUAACUGAUUGUUGUAGCCGCCAUCUUUGAUUUUAUGACAGUGGAAGAUUGGGGAGAGUAGAAAUAGUAACCCUUACGGUAGGUGCGAGGGCAAAAGAAGGAAAGGGGGGAGGUUUCUCUUCUCUCUCCCCGCCCCCUCCCCGCUUCCUUUGAUUUGCCUCAUCUCCUCCUCUCUUCUGGAAGUAUCAACAUCGCGCUUUCGCGAGCAAAUUGCGCGCUCAAAGAAAACGCCUGCACUACAGGCUAUUAAAAAGCAAACACUAUUCGUUAACAUUUUUAUGACACUGUUUGCAAUUCAAUAGCAUUCCUGGACAACCUGAGAAUGGAUAAGACAAACAUUAAUGCGCUUGUACAAGAGCGUUCUUUGCAUUUAAUAUACAAAAAUAGAAUUUCACUUAAACAAUAGAAUUUCAAAGAAAUUUUAUAUUAAAUGUAUAUCCCUCAAAUCUCUCUAUUUAAACAUUUUGGCAGGCAGGUUUGCAUGAAACAGAUGGUAUACCCCUUAGCACAUUUAGCUGCGGUCAUAUUGUCAAUCUUUCUGUGCAGAGCAUCCAAGCACCUGUCGUGUGCAAAAUUCCCCUAGUGGGAUUUCUUGGGCUUUGGACUCAUUCGUGUUAUCCAUACAUCUUUAAAUUUCGGGACUCGAGAUGUCGGUUUCGAUUGUCGCCGCAAUGUCGAGGGUGGGGAGCAAACUAUGGGGCGGGAAUGGCCAGAUCUUGGUGGGCCGGCACUCCCUUAUGCGUAAGAAUCACCCACUCGUCGGUAUCCAUAUUUUUGCUCGCCCGUGAGAGGAAGUCACCGAAAAACCGACACAGCAUUUAUUUUGCCAGUUGCUGCUGAGGAAAACAUUGAUAGAUGAUACAUGUAUUGCCAUGGUCAUACAUGUAGUCAAGUUUCACACUUGGCAGUACGCCCUCUUUCGCUGACGCUCCCUACCAUGACUUAUGGCCGUGCAAAUGGAAAAUGUAUAGCCGCAGUCGUCGAACACAGUGGCGCAGAAAGUCAUGGUUCUUUAAACCAGGUAGCGCAAAAAUUCUGGUGAAUUGUUUUUUAAAAUUUUGUAUUGUUUAAUUGAAAAUCGAUUUUUGCAUUUAAAAUGUAAAGAACGCUCAGUUGAUUGUACAAGCGCAUUUAAGUCUGUCUUAUCCAUCCUUAGGUUAUACAGGAAUGCUAUUGAAUUGCAAACAGUUUCAUAAAAAUGUUAAUGAAUAGUGUUUGCUUUUUAAUGUUUGUCUGUUGUCCCUAUUGACUUUCAAGAUGGUGUUAAUGACUUUCGUGUUGCCGUUAAUAAAAGUAUAUUUUUCUCUUUUGCAUGUCGAAUGACGCAAAUGAAUGCCCAAGAAUGUUAUUGAAUGUUAAUUAAAAUGCAAACAUCAUUAGUGAAUCUGAUUUAUGUGAAAAUGUUUGUUUUUUUCGCGCUAAUGAAUGUAUCUUCGCGCUAUUGGUCGCCGUUUCACGCAAAUGAAUACGUAUUUUCUCUUAAUGAACAGUAAUCUACUUCACAACACUCUCAUUCAUACUUAGUUUAAAUGAGAUAUGGACAUAAUAUUGCUCAGCGGUCUAAGCCAGGCUGGAACAGCUUGGCCUAGGGUAGCAGUGUUGAAAGACUCACGCGAAUUUUGUGUAGACAAAUGGGAUGGGCGGGUGGGCCGAUCCCUUCUUGACUGCUCCGUUGGCUAGAAACUAAGCUAGAAAGGAGUGUUCUGCUCUAAUCCUGUAUUUAUAGUUCUGUUAUAGCCUCGUGCACGUACCUGCGUGCGUUCAAUCCUCGGAAGUAUUUUAUUUUUCGCGUUUUACUUUCGCAUAUCAUCACGAGUGUUAUGAAUAGCAAAAGUGUAACUCAACUAUUAGCUGAUAUAGCUGGUGGUCCUGGGUAUAAGAUUUCGUAUGAACCACUUUCCCAUACAAGAUCGGUACUACUGGGGUCAAUUUAAUAAAACUUUUACAUGUGCAAUUUACAAGUGAAGCUAUUGUUUUAAGGCCAUAAAAUAAUAGUUUCACUUGUAAACUACAAUUGUAAACGUUUAAAUAAAUUGAUCCCUGCAUGGUAACUUAGUGUAACGCUACAUGCAAACGGACGCAACCGACUCCCAACAAUGUCGGGACUUGCUGGCCAACAUGGUUGCACCUGUUUGCACGGGGUUAAAAGUUUGACCGGUUUCAAAUUUUGCACAACAACACGCAACAACAUCCAACAACAUGCAACAGGGUGUGCAAACGGACGCAACAUGUAACAUCCAACAAUGUUGGGAGUUGUUAGCCAACAAUGUUGUGUCUGUUUGUAUUUAGCUUAACUCUACAUACGAGACAGCAAAGUUGACAACUACAUUAAGUAGAGCCAUUAAAUUCUAACCCUUUCAUUUACUCAGUAAACUUGUUUUUCAAUUUAAUAUUUUUCUUUUCUUUCACUAGCUUCUUGCAUCACCACGGCUUCUUCCUUUAUUAACGUUACGAAUUUGUUUUAAUCUUGGUUACCAACCCAAAGAGUGGGAAGUGCUUAGAAUACUGGUUAAAAAGUCGCUACAGUAUGGUGAGGCAGCCUUUGCGUUAUCUCCCCUUUACUUCCGGUUUCCUAAACAUUUUUGGGAUUGUCCUGGUUCCCCCAAGUCAUUUCAAAAUGUGCGCAGGCAAUCAAGAUGAAAAAAACUAUGAUGCAGGACAAUUAACCUGGAUGAUCGUCGCAACAUUAAUUGCCUGGAUAGAACUAAGUGUACAGAUAUACAGCUGUAGGAUGGUUUCUCUUUGGUUCUGCGGGGACAAAGCUUAAACCUAGAUAAUAAAUUAUAGCCUGGUGUCCAUUUGGUUGAUUGCCUUGAGUGUCCUGCAAUAAAUUAAGGUGAUUCAAUCCACUAUAAGGACACUGGGCAUUAGGUUUUUGUUCAGAGGUCCAUAUGUUCUCUUUAUUCAUAAAGACUGAACCAUCAAAAACUUCACUUAUUUUAAAACAGGUGUUAUUUUAACAAACUAAGAAGUUAGCAUGUGAUAGUCAUGUACCUUAGUCAUCCUUAUCUGUCCACCCAGCCAAAAGGAAGAGAAGAAAACAGGACAUUUGGAAUAGCAGUCUACCACAAAGCCACCCUCUGUAUUACUUCAUAAUUGAACAAUAAAUAUUCUAAGAGAAAUGAGCUGCUUUUGAGUAAUCAGCGGUCUAUUUGUGUAUUACAUGACUGAGUAUACUUUACGUACAACUUCCAUUGGAUCCCCCAGAUUAUUUCACUAACAUUAUACUCAUAAUAAUAAUUAUAAUUUAAAAUUGUGGACAUUCCUUGGAAUCUUACCAGAUUAAUAUGUUAUUGUUGUCAGGGGACCCAGCAUUAGAUUACAUUGGCACAGGAGGGGCAGAGUAUCUCCCAGAAGACUCAGUGAUUCCUGGCAUGUACAUUUACUAGUUAGUGUUUUAUUUUGGCUGUGGUUUAGUGUAGAAAAAUGGUUUGAUUGCAUUCUUUAAACCUAGUUGAAAUGCAAUUUUUGAUUUGAGUUUUUUGAUUAAUGUAAACAUUGUUGAGGCAUUUUUGAAAACAUUGUGAUGAUUUUCUGCAGUAUAAAUAAUGACUUCAGUUGAACCUGCACUGAUGCCCACCUCUCCGCGAUAGUCCCCCAUCUACAUCGGUCACUUUUUUACACAGACAUUCCAUACAUUGGCUCUUGUUUAAACUUGUCUGCAACGGCCGCCUUCUUCUGUCCCCAAGGUGGCCAUUGAGGAGACAGGUUCAACUGUAUUAUAAUAUAUUAUUAUUACCAUUACUAUUAAUUAUUAUUAUUUACAUCUUCAUUAUUAUUAUUAUUUUUAUCAUUAUUAUUAUUUACCGAGUAUUAACAUUACAGUUUAAAUUCAGUGUAACCAUGAGUAUUGUACGUGAACAGAAGAAUAGCUAUGCCUAGGGGCUUACAUGUAGUUUGUAACAUGCUGUAAAGUACCGACUGAAAUGUAGCGUCAUAGAAAAAGCGCCUCACAUGAACUGCUAUACACUUGGUUGCCAAACUUUUCUUCCUCUAAACGAAACUGGAUAAUAACAUCAAAAAAGUUACCGAAGAUUCUUUUUACUAUUAAUAAAAAUCUUUUUUGUUAUCCAGAGACUUCAAUAUCCGCCAGUGAUUCCAACAAAGAGACUCCGGAUGAUAGCUACAACACUGGUCACAACAUUGGUGAGACAGUCUGCUUUGGUUUAUUAUUUUCAUCAACAAACUGCAUCAGGCAUGACAUGUUGAGAAAUAUACAGCUCACAGGCAGGAAAUGAUUGAUGUUGACGUUUACCACUAGAUAUCUACCUGUAGUAUUAUUUUCCAACUGAACAAAGGAAUGACCCAACAAUUAAGUGCAAAAAGGAGACUAUCAAUGUCUAACUCUUAUGCAUUAUUUUUUUCUCAAUUGAACAGGAAAACUAAAAAAACAUUUAAAACAGAUGGAGGACACACUAACUCAAGAACAGCACAAGAAGCUAAGUGACCCUCGAAAGCUUAUUACGGAUGGAGUAGAUGAUUGGCUAGAACAGUUUAUUGUGUUGCGACACUAUGUAGCAAAAUAUGAGCUACAAGUUCAUGCAUAUGGUCCAUUUCGCACUGAUAAGCAGGAUGCUGAAGCUGAACUUGAUGAUGCGCGUAUGAAAAGAGACUUUCCAGGGAAACGUCAUAAAGGUUUUCGGAAUUUUCUGAAGGAAAUGCGUUUUCACCUGUGGAUGAUGGAAGAUGAGUUUAUUGAAAGAAGGGCACUAAGCAACUGCUGUGAAAAGGAACUGUAG